GUCGGCUACAUUAUCAUCACGUUCCAAUCGGAGGGCGAGCGAGCCUACAGUUUUAGCGGCCUGGACGGAAAUCAGCGCAAGUGCUUGCACUUUGCCCUCACCUCAACUCCGGAGUUUGCGUUUGAACCCGAGUAUCGCUGCCAGAGCCUUUUCACAAGAAUUACUCUUCACACAUACUUUGAGUAUUUUAUCAUGUUGACCAUUGCGGCCAAUUCUUUCGUGAUGUUGAUGCAACAUAAAGACAUGGAUGAUGACUAUAAGAGCGCCCUCGCACUCUGCAACGUCAUAUUCACGGGUAUAUUCACCUUUGAAGCCUUGAUCAAGCUAUUUGCCUACAAUCCCACCGCCUAUUUUCAGGAUGCGUGGAACUGGUUCGACUUUAUUAUCGUCGUGGGCAGUCUGGUGGAUGUUGCAUUUUAUUUUGCUGGCACCGAGGCUGUUAGCAUCGGGUUCUUACGUCUCUUUCGAGCCGCCCGCUUGAUCAAGCUCGUUAGCAAGGGCAACGACAUGAAGCGAUUACUGUGGACCUUUGCCAAAUCGCUGCAGGCCUUGCCUUCGGUUGCGCUGUUAAUUGCCAUGGUCUUUUUCGUCUACGCCGUCAUUGGCAUGCAAGUAUUUGGCAACAUGGCAUUGCGACCAGAUGCCGAUGUGAACGCUCAAGUUAAUUUUAGAGAUUUCUCUAGCGCAUUGCUGGUGCUGUUUCGCACCUCCACAGGCGAGAACUGGCAGGCCAUCAUGUAUUACUGCUAUCUUGGUCCGGAGGAUUGUCGAGAGUGA